AAAAAACAGAGCAAAUAGAUCCUGGCGCGCUUCAAACCUGCCGUCUACAGCGACAAUUAGCAGAGCUCGAAAUUCAGAUCGUACUGAUCGACUUUGGGAAAUGACGAACAGAGCGCCAUCCAUCGCUUGCAUAGGGGUCAUAGGAAAGCACAAUAAUCCCCUUCAUAUCUCGUUGUUUCCUCCAGAAGAGCGAGCGCCGCUUGAAUUCCAAUUUCUUCUCUCUUCAUGUCUUGACAUAUUCGAGGCGCGUCUGCCUCACAAGACGGUAGACCAAGAUUUCGGCCUACUUCAGGCUGUCGAUGAGCGAUUAGCUAUGUAUGGCUGGUUGACCAACACCGGUGUCAAACUUGUUAUUGUGGUGGACAUGGAGGGGAGACCAGCAACUGCCCUGGACAGUAAAAGUACGACUGCUGUGGGAAUUCGAGAUUCAGAUAUGAAGCCAGCUUUUAGGGCGUUGCAGACAGCGUAUAUCAUGCUAUUGAGAAAUCCGUUUUACAAUCCCGAUGAGCACUCACCGCUGACGGCAGAUGCCGAGCAAAGAGUUGCGCAGAUCUCUUUCAUCAAUCAUCCUUCGACCUUCGAACCUCUUGUCAAUACCGGCAACUACUCGUCCAUCGCCAGAUUCCAUAUGCCUCCCAAUACAGCCGGCGUCACGAUCACAAACCCACUCAUCCUCUACCGCAGCCUUAUAGCCACAAACAGGAUCAAACCAGAUCCCGCACAGCAUCGUUUAGCACUCCACCUGCAAAACCUCUACGAAAACUUGAUAGAUUAUGAGCCAAGUCAAGAAUACUCCCAUCGCCUCCAGCAGUUAAGCCGUACUGUCAACCCAAGUCAAAAUGUCUCUUCAUUAACUGCUCCAUCUACUCCAAAUGGCAUUGGCAGAGGGGGAAUCUGGAAAUCUCUUCUUAUGAAAAAGGAACAGAGAGACUCUCUCGCGUUGACCCGUAUUCUCACUAGCCACGAAGCGGCCCUGAAUCUCUCCAGCCCUAAGGGGUUGAUGCUGCACGGCGACGUGGGAACGGGAAAGUCAAUGUUGAUAGAUUUGUUCGCAGACUGUCUUCCAAGCCGAAAGAAGAGACGGUGGCAUUUUAGUACGUUCAUGCUUAACACUUUCUCACGCCUGGAGUCACUGCGGAUAUCUCGCUCUACCACCAGUCCCGGCAGUGCACAAGACGAACACUCCCUGCUAUGGCUUGCACGAGACCUCGUUCAAACAUCUCCGAUACUUUUCCUCGACGAGUUUCAACUGCCCGAUCGUACAUCGUCAAAGAUACUUUCCAAUCUUAUGACGAGCUUCUUCCAGCUCGGUGGUGUCCUCAUCGCCACGAGUAACCGAAUGCCUGAAGAGCUUGCAAAGGCAGCAGGAAUGGAGUUUGCGCGGCCUGCUCAAAGACUAAGUAGAUUGGGCUGGAGUCUUGGACUGGGAGGUGUAGUUAUGCCGGACGAUCGACCGGGACAGAGAGGAGAAUUUGCUCAGUUCUUGGAGGUGUUAAGAGCGCGAUGUGAGAUCUGGGAGAUGGAAGGGAAGAGCGAUUAUCGAAGGAUGUCCGAAGAGGAAGAUAUAUCACGGGAUCUCGCUACCCCAUCUAGUUUACAGGAGGAAUUGUCCAAACCAAGUUUACAUACAACCUGGUCACCAGGACUUGACGUAGAGACCGAACCAACGUCAUCUUCCGUCCUUCCAAUGCACUAUCUUGUCUUGCCAGCAUCUGUGGCGGACCCAUCUACUCUUUCAAACCUCUCCUCAACUCCCAAUCCAGCACUGUACCAAGCAAAAUCGCGGUUAUCCGAUAUCCUCUCUAUUGAAUGGACACCCUCCACGAUAACAGUCUAUGGACGCAAAAUCACCAUCCCACGUCAACACAACUAUGUCGCACUCUUCACCUUCGCUGAACUAUGCGGUGCCGUCCUCGGCCCUGCAGACUAUAUUACCCUCGCUUCCACAUACCAUACCAUAAUUCUGACUGACGUCCCGAUUCUGACGUUCCUGAAAAAGAAUGAGGCAAGACGAUUCAUCACGCUUCUCGACGCCCUUUACGAGGCCAAGUGUAGAUUGCUAAUGACAGCAUCCGCGCCGCCAGACCAACUAUUCUUCCCAGAGAUACAAUCCCCAACUCCUCAAAUUUCAGUGGGGCCCAAGGUUGCUGAAGAUCUUCUAACGAACGACGUGACACACCCAGAGACAUACUCCGAGAUCCACCAAGACCUCACAUCUCCCUUCCGACCUAACGUUUCCUCCUAUUCCCUGAGUCUGUCUGACGAUGCUCUGGAAGGCGACCCACCCAACCGCCUUCGUCGCCCAGGAUCAAGCUUCACAGAUGAAAGAAGACCAGGUCCGGAAAAUGUUAAGGCGCCUGAUUUCGCAAACAUCAUAGGCUUGACGGGGGGGGAUGAGCAUUUUGCAGUUAAGAGAGCACAGAGUCGGAUUUGGGAGAUGUGUAGUGCGCGGUGGUGGGACAGGGGUCAAACAACAGUGGAGGGAGCGGGAGACAGAGACAGAGGUGUUAAAGCAUGGUGGAGACCUUUGCCACUAGAGUCUAGGCAUUGGGAGCGCUCUCCACCGUCUGCUCCAAUUCCCACAACUGCUUCCUCAAAAGUGCCAGUCGUGCCGAAAUCUGACCAAGGAGCCGCGUCCACGGUCUCAGAUGCCCACAUCCUCGACCCAUCUGAAUCCCAAGUAGAUCCUCAAAGAGAUAUCUUCCAGUGUGGAGCGAGUCCCUUUCGGAGUGUGAGUGAUGCACCGCCGAAAAUAAAUUGGACACAUAUUUGGGGGACUAUGAGGUGGGGUAAGAGGGCUGGGGCUUGGGGGAAAGGGGUUGAGGGGUUACCAGAGAGACGGAGGGAGGAGGAGUCUGAGAUGAGGACAAAUAGAGAUGAAGGGAAUCGUGGAAACAAAAUCGCUGGGUCUUCAGAAAGUGCAGGGCCUUGUGGAAUAGUUAUUUUUAAGGGUUCGGAUAAUAUGGACAUUGGACGAGGCCUAGAAAGUUACUACGAGACAUCCGCUUUACCGCCUCCGUAUCGAGUGGCAGAUUUCCUGAUCCGGUAA